CAGCUUCGCCACACGGAGUGAAAGGGCUAAGAAAGUGACGAAGGCUUGAUGUAGGGGGGUUCAAGAAGGCUCGAGCAUUGUUUUAUUAUUUUAAAGAGUGGCACACCAAAGAUUUACUGAAUACACAGCCAAAAUGCUUUGCCACGUUACUCGUCCGGACUCGGUAGUGAUGGAAGUGGAAGUUGAUGCGAAGGCGAACGGUGAAGACUGUCUGAAUAAGGUUUGCAGAAAGUUGGGCAUAAUUGAAGUGGACUACUUUGGGCUGCAGUUCACAGGCGGUAAAGGAGAGAACCUGUGGCUGAAUCUGAGGAAUCGCAUCUGCCAGCAGAUGGAUAAUGUGACGCCGUGUCGACUGAGGCUGCGGGUCAAGUUCUUUGUGGAGCCCCAUCUCAUUCUGCAGGAACAGACGAGACAUGUCUUCUUCAUGCACGUGAAGGAGGACCUCCAUAACGGUCACCUGCGUAUGGGCUCAGAACAGGCAGAGGAGCUGAGUGCACUCCUGGCACAGGCCGAGUUUGGUGACUACAACCAAAACACAGCCCAGUACUGGUACUCAGAGCUGUGUGGAGAGGAGCCAAGCCCUGCCACCAUCAACAGUAUCGUAUCCAGACACAAGGCUCUGGAGGGUUCGAGCCAGGGCUCAGUAGAGUAUCAGGCCCUACAGCUGGUCUCCUCUCUGGAGCAUUACGGCGUGGAGUGGCACUGGGCCCGCGACGCAAAUGGCCAACGGCUGGCCAUAGGAGUCGGUCCGGAGGGCAUCGCUGUUUGCAAGGAGGACUUCAGCUUAGUCAACAGAGUAAGCUAUCCCAUCAUUCAGAUCGCCACCCAGUCUGGGAAAACUGUGUACCUGACAGUAACCAAGGACACAAACGACAGCGUGGUGCUUUUGUUCAAGCUGAUCAGUAACCGGGCAGCCAGCGGCCUGUACCGGGCCAUCACAGAAACCCACGCCUUCUACAGAUGCGACACAGUUACGAACGCAGUGAUGAUGCAGUACAGCCGAGACUUCAAGGGCCACCUGGCUUCACUUUUCCUCAACGAAAACAUCAACCUGGGCAAGAAGUACGUUUUCGACAUCCGACGUACCUCCAAGGAAGUGUACGACCACGCCCGCCGUGCCCUCUACAACUCUGGCGUCGUGGACCUGGUUUCUCGCUCCGGCAGCGGGGAACGCUCGUCUCCUUCACGCUCCCCAAGCAGGGACAACCAGCAGGACGAGGGGCUGGACUGCGGGAGCUGCCAGCAGAGCCGAGCCUUGCAAGAGAGGCUGCAGAAGCUCCGAGAAGCUCUGUUAUGCAUGCUGUGCUGCGAGGAGGAGAUAGACGCUGCAUUCUGCCCCUGUGGCCAUAUGGUGUGCUGCCAGACCUGCGCAAAUCAGCUUCAGUUGUGUCCCGUGUGUCGCUCGGAGGUGGAGCACGUGCAGCACGUCUACCUGCCCACCUGCACCAGCCUGCUGAGCCUGGCGCUCACCGACAACCACCAACAACACCGCAGCAACAUCCCAGCGCCCAUCCACAGAGACAUGGCUUCUCCUCACAGCUGUUCGGCCACAGAAUACGACCACAAGAUCUACCACACAUAAAGACAUUUCCGCUAAAGCCACCAAACUCCACGAACACUUUGAAGCUAUACCAGCCAGAUGAAAGUUUAUUAUAGAACAUUUGGACGUCCGUCUGUGUUUCCUGCCUGGACUCCAUGAACCUCCAAACAUAUAGAAACUCCGGAGCGUAAUCAGACAUCGACGCACUCAAGCCACUCCUUCAACUUAUACGUGUGUGUGUGUGCGUGUGCGUGUGUGUGUGUGCUUUUUAUUGUUACUUCCCUUCCGUUCAGGCUUUCACUGUGUUUGGCUGGUUCUUGGUAUUGUUGGUUAUGCUAAGACAUCUGUGUCAUUCUGUCAAAAUCUUGUUUGUUUUUAUACAGCUCCUUAUCCCCCCCCCUGCCACACAAUGGUUUUAGAUUGGGCUCUUAUUGUCCAUGUUAAGUAAAUUAUUGCAUCAGUUGACCUGAUACAAAAUAGAAACAUUCUUUUUUUUUUCGUUUUCAUUUUUUUGAAUUAUGCUUUGAAUUUGUGUUUUUUGGUUUAUCUUCUUUGCUCCAUAUCAGGCUCCUAGCCCCAGAACCCAAACCAUAUGACGAACGUAUGUGUUUUAGAAUAGCUAAGCACUGUACAUAAUGGUUGAGUCUUUUUUUUUUU